UCCGUUCGCUCCCGUAUGAACGGGCUCGGCGGGACCCGCGCCCGGUGCGAACCCUGCGCACGGCAGGCGCCGGUCCGUGCGCCCCGCGAUAACGGCGCUGGGGCAGCGGCCGCUUCGUGCGCCCCGGGAGCGGCGGCGGGGAGCGCCGACGGGGCUGCGCACGGAGCGGGGACUCGAAAAGGCGCCGCGCUGCUGCCCGAUGCGACAGCGGCUCCGGUGGACCGGGUAGGCGGCCCGGCGGCCGCCCCGGCGGGGCGAACGGGUGCGGAGCCCGUCGGUGCACGGCAGGCGCUCGGGACCCGACGGGCCCGUCCGCUCGUCCCGGAGCCGGGGCGGGGGCCUGGAGCGGCGGGGGCGGGGGGGUCCCGGGGCGGGGGCGGGGCCCCGGGCUGUCAAUCACGGGGCGCGGCCGCCAAUCAGGGCGCAGGCGGUGGGAGUUCGGCCGGUCCGGAUGGAGAGGGGCAGAAAAGCGCGUCCCGCCGGGGCCCGCAGCCCACCCGCGCUCCCGCCCCGGGGCUGCCAGCGGCUGCGAGCCAUGCCCCGCACCCUGCCCCGGGCCCGCACCCGCACCCGGCACCUGCCCCGCACCUCGCUCCGGGCCCGCAGCCGCACCUCGCACCGCGUCCUGCCCCGCACCGGGCGCUCCGUGCCCGUCGCCGCCGCCGCCCCCCGCCGCCCCCCGGCCAUGCCCGCGCCCCGCCGGCUCUGAGCGCGGCCGGGAUGGAGCGGGAGGGCGGCGGCCCGGGGCCCCCCGCGCCCCACGAGCCCAUCAGCUUCGGUAUCGACCAGAUCCUGGGCGGCCCCGAGCCCACGGGGCCGCACCGGGCGGCGGCGGCGGAGCCCGACUACGGGCUCUACGGCAGCGGCUACGGCCCCACCGGUCCGCUCGGCUCCUACAACCUCAACAUGAGCAUGAACGUGAGCGUGAACGUGACCCCCGCGCCCGCCGCGCCGCCCGCCGGAGUCAUCCGCGUCCCGGCGCACCGGCCCGCGCCCGCCGCGCCGCCCGCCGCGCCCGCCGCGCCGCCGCCGGGGCCCGCGCUGCCGGGGCUCACCUUCCCCUGGAUGGAGACCACGCGCCGCAUCGCCAAAGACCGGCUCUCAGAUCUGCGAGCUGGAGAAGCGCUUCCACCGCCAGAAGUACCUGGCCUCGGCCGAGCGUGCCACCCUGGCCAAGGCCCUCAAGAUGACGGACGCCCAGGUCAAGACCUGGUUCCAGAACCGCCGCACCAAGUGGAGGCGUCAGACGGCGGAGGAGCGCGAGGCGGAGCGGCAGCAGGCCAACCGGCUGAUGCUGCACCUGCAGCAGGAGGCUUUCCAGAAGAGCCUGGCGCAGCCGCUGCCGCAGGACCCGCUCUGCAUGCACAACUCCUCGCUCUACGCCCUGCAGAACCUCCAGCCCUGGGCCGAGGACAACAAGGUGACGUCGGUCUCCGGGGUGGCCUCUGUGGUGUGAGGGCCCUGGGUGCUGCUGGUGUGCCGGGAGGUGGCACUGGGAGCCCGCUGGGCUCUGGGCACGGACCGUGGCAGGGAAGGGGCUGCAGCUUCCUGAGAGCCCCGCGCUGGCAGCCCCCUCCCUGCCAUGGAGAGCCCCCCAGGACCACCCAGCAGUGAGGCCGUGGCCCUGCGGUUGGACUCAAGGCUUCACCAAACCCCCAUGGAGCCCUGCUGUGGGUGGACCCCCAGGAGCCCAGGGAUGGGCCCCCAUGCCCUAUGGACCUCUGCAGCCCCCUGCCUGCCCCCCAGGAGCCCAGGGCUGGGCCCCUGCACCCCACAGAUGUCUGCAGCCCCCUGCUCAGACCUGCCAAGGGCUGGUGCUCUACACCCCAUGGACACCUGCAGCUCCCUGCCCGGAGCCCCGGGAGCCCAGGGAUGGGCAGGGUUCUGCAGCUCCCCCACCAGCAGCUCCGUGGGCUCCUUUGGGCCCCACAGCCUCCAGCCCAGCUGGAGCAGGGCAGGGCGUGGAGCUCCCACUCCUGGUGCUGGAAGCCCCCCGCCCUGGCAGCGGGGUCUGCACCACCCGCACCACUUGCCUUAUCCCGGGCGGAGUUUGCCACCUCCGGCUUCCGUCUGUGCAGAAGGACUUGGCCACCCCGUGGUGGGACAGACGGACGGUCUGGGCCCCCCAGCCCCCCACACACUGGUCUGUCGGCUCCCUGGGCCUGGACGUGCCCGUGCAGCCCCCCGCCACGGGCUCGGGGUGCCCCCUGUGCCGAUGGAUUCCCCGGGAGUCACCUCCCACAGACUGAGCCUCGGCGUGACCCGCAGGACACUCGCGGGGUGCACAGGGGCUGAAUCCCCCCUUCUUCUGGCAAAUCUCUGCACCCCCUCCCCAGUGACCCCCCCUGAGUGGGGGUUCCCCCCUCCAGGACCAUCCAGCCCGAUUCCAGCCUCUGUUGAUGAUGAUGAUGGAGGGGAUAAAGGGCGUGGGGGGGGUUAACAACGGUGACCUUGAC